CUUCAGAAUACCUUGGCCAAGGCUUUAUAUGACAACAAAGCUGAGUGUCCAGAUGAGCUGGCUUUUCGCAAAGGAGACAUCCUUAUAGUUGUUGAACAGAAUCUCCUUGGGAGUGAAGGUUGGUGGAAAUGUUCACUUCAUGGGAAGCAGGGCUUGGCACCAGCCAAUCGCCUCCAGCUUCUUACUUCAUCACAGGUUCCUUCCGUUGAGCAAGAUUUUCAAGGACUGCCAACCGACCCUUGGACUACCUACCAGGUUCCUUCAGUACAUGGAACCUCUGUGCCAUUAUCUGUCUAUGAAAAAAUGGAUGGUUGGAUCAAUCCACCUUCAUCUUCAUCUUCUACUUCAUUGUUGUCAACACAAGAAGAGUACCAAGGACCAGCUCUGGCUGCCAAGGUGCUCAGUGAAAAGACUGAGACUUCAUCAAAUCAGCACCUCUUCACUCUUCCAAGAGCUGCAUGGGCAUCAGCUCUGGAGAAAAGAAAUGACGUCUACGACAUUCCAACAUCCCAGCAUUCUGGAUCCCUCUUGACUCAGGACCCUGCCACUCCACUGUCUUCUAGAAAGGACUCCAGAACAUUUCCUUUCAUGGAAUGGUGCCCAGAAAAGGUGCAGCAACUUUACGAUAUCCCAUCAAACCCUGAAAAGCCAAGAUCUUGCCCAUGGCAAGACUCUGCAGUGGAAGAUGUAUAUGUCAUCCCAACACCGUCAACUAAACCCAUUGCUAAUUCUGCAGAAAAGCAUUAUAAAACGUUACCAAAUCUUUGGAAAUCAGAAUGGAUCUACGAUGUACCUGUGGCACAAGACAAAGCCAAAUUAAUACAAACUUCUCAGAAUCAUGCCCCACAGAGUCAUGCACUUUAUGAUAUACCACAAAGCAGGUUCAAUUCUGAUACCCCAAAAAUAUCUGCAAUAAAUAAUAAAGGGAAAUCAGUAGAUCCAAAAUCAUAUAAUAUUCCACCUAUACAUAGGAAAUUAACUUGCCCGGAGCUUCCUCUUUAUGACGUACCAUCCACCCGCGAUACGUUUGUGCACCGUCCAGCAAGCAACUAUGAUGUUCCUUCCAAUGUUUUGUCUACCAAGAUUGAAAAGGAGAGCCAGAAAUUGACUCAUUAUGACAUUCCAAAAGGAAUACCUGUUGCUUUGGCACAACAGAAAGAGCAUAAUUAUAAUAUGGGAGAGAACCCAUACAUUAUCCCUCUGCCAUCAUCCACAGAAUGCAAUGUGGACCAAGAUAGACUGUCUGUUUCAAGUGAAAAUAGCAGGACCAGCACCAUAUCCACACUGUCAAGUUCUUCUACUGAGUCCUUUUCAUCUUCAAUUUCAUCAACAUUUUCAGAAGAACUCAUAAAAGAGACAACUAUGGAGCUUGAGUUGGCUAUAGACACCCUGACUAAACUGCAGCACGGCGUAUCCAGUUCCGUUGCAAGUCUAAUGAUUUUUGUGAGCAGUAAGUGGCGAUACCCAGAAUAUUUAGAAGGAAACAUUGAGGAAAUCCACCGAGCAAUCGAUCACAUAAAGGUCUCUUUGGGAGAGUUUUUGAAAUUUGCUCAAACAAUCGAAAGAAAUGCAGUUUUGGGAUCCGACAGUAAACUUCAGGCAAGAAUUAAAAAACAGCUGAAUGUUCUCUCAGAUUCCUUUCAGAUUCUGGUACAAACCAGAGACGCCUUAAACAAAUGCAAGUGGUCACUUGAGAUUCUAGCUAUUAAGAAACCUCAGAAUAACCCAGAUGAUCUGGAUCAGUUUGUUAUGGUGGCUCGUACCAUUCCUGAUGACAUUAAGAGAUUUUCAUCUAUUAUUAUAGCUAACGGGAAGCUACUUUUCAAAAAGAGCUGCAAAGAUAAAAAUAGCAAGGAUUCUAAAGCUGGUGUAGAGCUUAAAAUGAAGAAAUUUGGUCAUGAAAAGCAAGGAGAAAAUAAUUCUGUUCUAAUAAGUAGUUUGGACAAAGCAAAAGAAAAUGGUCUCUAUUCAACAGAGACAAGUAUUUCUGUUCCUGAAGAGUGCUCUACUCAUCUACAGAAACCAUUAGAAAUUGAACAAACACAGCCAAUGUCCAAGACAAAGACAAAUGAAGAAUUUAAAUUAAAGAGUUCUCCACCUACAAUGAAAGAAAGGACUCUCAGCAAACAAGAUCCAGAUAACAGAAUGAUACUCUCCAGCCUCUCCAGACUGUAUUUUGGAGCUGUCCAGAAAGCUAUUGGCGUUUUCCACAAAACCCUUAGUGAUAAUCGGACUCCUGAAAUCUUCAUCACCAAGAGCAAGCUAAUCAUUAUGAUAGGUCAAAAGUUGGUGGACACCUUGUGUCAGGAAGCCCUUGAAAAGACCAACCGGAAUGAUGUCUUGCGAGGCAGCAGUACAUUUUGUGGCUUGCUGAAAAACCUGGCAAUUGCAACCAAAAAUGCCGCAAUGAAAUAUCCAAAUCCUGAGGCAGUUAAAGAACUUCAGGAUCAAGCCGAUGAAUUAUCUCAAUUCACACAGCAAUUUCGAGAUACGAUGGAAUGAAGGAGCACUGAAACAAUUCAAAAGACAAAUUUAGACGUAAUGCUUGGAUGGGAUAAAGUAUAUCCAUGUUGGGGGUGGUGGUGGUGUAGGGAUACAUGCCAACUCUCCUCUCUGUUUCUCUUAAUACAACUCCAGCCAAUGUCCAGCGAGAGGCAUGCAAAAGUGUCUUCUCUCAAUAUUUAAACAUGAUUAAAUUUUCCCCAUUGUCGAGAAUCCUGAUAUAAAGAUUUUCUGAGCAGAAGCUUCUCUUUGUACCAACUUGACAUUUAUCCUCAACAAUCAUACAGACAUCAGUCUUGAACACAGGUAGCUUGGGGUCAAGGUUCAGUUUAUACAAUUCCAUUUAAAUUGUGUAUUCUGUUGAGGCAUACUGUGUCGGAUUUUUAGACAUGUUAGGAUUUUUAUUAUUACAAAGCAUGUGUGUCUGUCUGCUUGAAGAUAACUGUACUGUAGCAUUCUACGCCAUAGAGAUGUGGUGAGUAUAUAUACGUUUAAUAAAAACCUGACAGUAAAUUGAUAUGACAAGAUUAGGGCUAUUCAGAGGGCUUGUUAUGAACUGUUCCAAUAGUGCUCAGGCUACUAGCCAUUCUUGCAACCAUUCACUUGGUAGGACAAACUCUGAUGGACUCUUUAAGAUGGUGCAAAUGCUACCAUGAUUAACCAUGGUUUCAGGUGUAAUGGUAUGAAUUAUUUAUCCAGCAAAAAGCAUGGUAAAGAAUAGAAAUUA